GGCGCGCGAGGUCCUGCUUUAUUUUUCUCCCGCGAGUGGCGUUUCCUCUGCUCCCUGCAGUCAUGUUUCCAGGCGUCUCCUCUCCGCGGACCCCCGGGCCGGGGACCCGCCGGGGUCCGCUAGUCGGAAUCGGGCCGGCGUCCACGCCUAGAGCGAGCCGAAGGGGUCUGUCUCUGGGGUCUGCAGUUAGCUCUCCGGUGCUCUUCUCGCCAGUAGGCCGGCGCAGCUCGGUGAGCUCUAGAGGAACACCGACACGGAUGCUCCCUCACCAUUCCAUAUCAGAGUCUGUGAACUACGAUGUGAGAAUGUUUGGCUCGUCUCUCCCUGUUAAGAUCAUGGAAGCUCUGACUCUGGCUGAGGCUGACGAUCAGCUCUCUGUCCACAUAGACGAAGGUGGGUGGGCUUGCCUGGUGUGCAAAGAGAAACUCCUUGUUUGGAAGAUUGCUGUGUCACCGGUCACUAAGUUGUCUGUCUGCAAAGAACUCCAGCUGCCCCCUAGUGAUUUCCCCUGGAGCGCUGACCUGGUGGCACUCUCUUAUGCCGCAACCUCAGGUGAAGUACAUUCUGUUCAGGCUGUUGCUGUCAUGGUUGCUACCAAAGAGGGGUCCAUCCGCUAUUGGCCCAGCCUCGCCAGGGAAGACACCUACUCAGAAACGUGUGUGGACCUGGGAGGAGAGAAGAUGUGCAGGUUCCUGACAGCAGUGCAGGGAGGAAGUUUCAUCCUGUCCUCUGUGGGGAGCCAGCUGAUCAGAUUGAUUCCCGAAAGCUCAGGAAAGAUUCACCAGCACGUGCUGCCCCAGGGCCAAGGCAUGCUCUCAGGGAUUGGCCGGAGGGUUUCUUCCCUUUUUGGGAUUCUGUCUCCUGCUAGUGACCUCAUGCUGGCCAGUGUUCUCUGGGACAGUGCAAGAUCCAGUUUUUACACCUUGACGAGUUCAAACAUCAGUAAAUGGGAACUGGAUGAUUCUUCAGAGAAGCUGGCUCACAGCUGGGACGUGCACAGAGCCCUGAAGGAAAGCAUUGCCGAUGCUAUUUGGGGAUCCGAAAGCAACUAUGAAGCCAUUAAAGAAGGGGUCCACAUUCAGUAUUUGGACUUGAAGCAAAACUGUGAUGGACUCCUGGUUUUGGCAGCAGCAUGGCACCUGGGAGACAGUCCCUGCCUUGUCUAUUACUCUCUGAUAACGGUGGAAGACAACGGUAACCAAAUGUCAGAUACGAUUACCGUAGAAGUUACUCAGUACAACCCACCUUUCCAGUCUGAAGACCUGAUUCCAUGUCGAUUGAUGGUGCCAAACUUUUCAAGCCAGAUGACCUAUCUUUAUAUGGAGAAUGCAGUCUUUGUGUGCUCCACGGGAACUGGGAAGUUUUCUCUUCCUCAGGAGAAAAUUGUCUUUGAUGCACAAGGAGAUGGUAUUUUGGGCGCUGGCUCCUGUGGAGGUGUUCCGAUCCUUUUUUCUAGGAACAGUGGCCUGGUGUCUGUCACUCCAAGGGAAAGUGUGUCCCUAUUAGCAGAGGACCUGGAAGAGUCUUUGGCCUCUUCAGUUGGUGGGCAGGGCAAUGAGAGUAUGGUUUUUGAGACCACAACAAAAAAUGAAACUGUAGCCCAUGAAGAUAAGACAAAACUACUUAAGGCUGCAUUCCUACAGUACUGCAGGAAAGACUUGGGCCGUGCUCAGAUGAUGGCAGAUGAGUUCUUUUCCUCUCACACUGACUUGAAUUCAGACGCUGAGUUAGACAAGGCUGUGACUCAGAUCAGCAUGGACCUGGUGGAUGAUUACCCAGCCUCAGACCCGCGGUGGGCCGAGUCAGUCCCCCAAGAGGCCCCUGGACUGAGCAACACAUCACUGAUCAUUCUGCACCAGCUGGAGGACAAGAUGAAAGCCCACUGUCUCUUGGUGGACUUCCUUCACCAAGUGGGCUUGUUUAGACGUCUCGGCUCUUAUCCAGUCAGAGGGACACCCAUGACGACCCGCCUGCUGCUCUGUGAACAUGCAGAAAAGCUGUCGGCUGCCAUCACACUCAAAAACCACCACUCUCGGCUGCCUGAGCUGGUGAACGCGGCUAUCCUGCUUGCCCUGCACAAGAGGGAGUGUGAGGUCCCGUCCAGCCUGACUCCUGCCGACGUCUUCUUCCGAGAGGUGUCCCAGGUGGACACUGUCUGCGAGUGCCUGCUGGAGCACGAGGAACAAGUCCUGCGUGAUGUCGCCUUGGACUCUCAGGAGUGGGCAGAGGUGGCGAUCCACGUGAAUACAGUCCUCAAGGACAUGCUGCAGGCUGCUACUCACUACCGCCUAAACAGAAGCUCCAUGUACAGUCGGGAAGAACCACUGGGGGAGGAACCGGAGUAUGUGCCGUGGACAGCUACGAGCGGUCCGUCCGGCAUCCGCACAGUCAUCAUGCGCCAGCAUGGGAUCAUCCUGCAGAUGGUGUACCCUCAGGCUGACAGCAACCUCCGCAGCCUUGUGAUGGAGCAGCUGGUGGCGCUGAUCGACUGCUUCCUGGACAGUUACGUUUCCCAGCUGAAGUCACUAGAGAAAUCCACGGACCAGGAAAGAUACAGCAAUCUGGAAGUGGAAUAUCUGCAGAAAAGAUCAGAACUCCUCUCUCCCCUUCUCACACUAGGCCAGUACCCAUGGGCAGCUUCUCUGGCAGAGAAGUACUGUGACUUUGAUAUCCUGGUACAGAUGUGUGAACAGACGGACAACCAGGCCCGACUCCAGCGCUACAUGACCCAGUUCGCUGACCAGAAUUUUUCAGACUUCCUCUUUCGUUGGUACCUGGAAAAAGGAAAGCGGGGCAAGUUAUUGUCUCAGCCCAUUUCUCAGCAUGGACAGUUGGCAAAUUUCCUGCAAGCCCAUGAGCAUCUCAGCUGGUUACAUGAGAUUAACAGUCAGGAGCUAGAAAAGGCUCAUACGACACUGCUUGGUUUGGCAAAUAUGGAAACCCGUUACUUUGCAAAGAAAAAAACCCUUCUCGGCUUGAGUAAACUGGCUGCAUUAGCUUCAGACCUUUCAGAGGACACGCUGCAGGAAAAGAUUGAGGCAAUGGCUGAGCAAGAGCGCUUUCUGCUCCACCAGGAGACCCUGCCAGAGCAGCUGCUGACCGAGAGACAGCUGAGUCUUAGCGCGAUGCCUGUGUUGACCGCCCCGCAGCUCAUCAGUCUGUACAUAUGUGAGGAAAACAGAAGAGCCAAUGAAUAUGAUUUUAAGAAAGCCUUGGACUUGCUGGAAUAUAUUGAUGAGGAGGAAGAUGUGAGCAUCGAUGAGCUGAAGCUGGAGAUCCUGUGCAAAGCCCUGCAGAGAGACGACUGGUCUAGUUCAGACGGCAAAGAUGAUCCAAUCGAAGUCUCUAAAGACAGUGUGUUUGUGAAGAUCUUGCAGAAACUUAUAAAAGAUGGCAUCCAGCUCAGCGAAUACUUGCCAGAGGUGAAGGACCUACUUCAAGCAGAGCAGCUGGGAAACCUGAAGUCCAACCCUUACUUUGAGUUUGUUCUAAAAGCAAAUUAUGAAUAUUAUGUCCAGGGACAGAUGUGACAUUUGUAAAAAUGGUUGUUUCUAAAAUUUGUAUAAAUGUUUGCUUAUAAAAAUUUGAGUCUAAAAAAACUAGGUUUUAAUCAGCUUGCAGUUUAUAUAGUUUCAUCUGUGGCAGCAAGGUGUUUUCAUGCUUUAUUUGGGAGCUAUAAUACAAAAUUGGGGCAUAACCCUAAUUUUCUUUCAGUUGUAAGGUAUUUUCUUCUCAUUUUCCACUUGAAGUCACCCUUGUUUCUGUGUGGCUGCCCUUUCUCCAGCCUUCCUUGGUCCAAGGAAGCAGGCAGUUUCUCUCUGGCCCAGUCUCCUUGUGAACAGUAUACCUGUUCUGAGGAUUGAUUUUUCUUUUUUCUUUUUUUUAAUUGAUUUUUAUUGAGCUCUACAUUUUUCUCUGCUUCCCUCCCUAUCUUUCCCCUCCCCUUCAACCCUCUUCCAAGGUCCCCAUGCUCUCAAUUUACUCAGGAGAUUUUUGUCUUUUUCUGCUUCCCAUGUAGAUUAGAUCCAUGUAUGUCUCUCUUAGGGGCCUCAUUGUUGCCUAGGUUCUUUGGGAUUGUGAUUUGUAGGCUGGUUUUCUUGGCUUUAUGUUUUAAAACCAUUUAUGAGUGGGUACAUGUGAUAAUCGUCUUUCUGGGUCUGGGCUACCUCACUCAAAAUGAUGUUUUCUAGCUCCAUCCAUUUGCCCGCUAAUUUCAAGCUGUCAUUAUUUUUUCUGCUGUGUAGUACUCCAUUGUGUAAAUGUACCACAUUUUCCUUAUCCAUUUUUCAGUCGAGGGGCAUUUAGGUUGUUUCCAAGUUCUGUGUCAAAAAUCAGGUGUUCGAAAGUGUGUGGAUUGAUAUCUGGGUCUUCCAUUCAGUUCCAUUGGUCCUCCUGUCUGGUUUUAUGCCAAUACCAGGCUCUUUUCAGUCCUGUAGCUCUGUAGUAGAGUUUGAAGUCAGGGAUUGUGAGCCUCCAUAAAUUCUUUUAUUGUACAGGAUUGUUUUGGCUAUCCUGGGUUUUUUGCUUUUCAAUAUGAAGUUGAGUACAUAUUAAGCACCAUAUGUACUAAAAAGUAUAUAUUGUAUACAUAUAUGUAUAUAGUGUGUGUUUACAUUAUAUGUCAUACAAUAUGGAUAUGAGUUAUCUGUAUUUUUCACAGUAUAUACAUAUAUACAAUUUCUACAUAUAUACAUGUAUGUUUUAUACAAUAUAUACAUAUAUAAAACAAACAUUUUAAAAUUGUUUUUAUUGAGCUAUAUAUUUUUCUCCACUCCCCUCCUUUCCUCUCCCCUUCUGCCCUCUCCCAUGAUCCCCAUGCUCCCAAUUUACUCAGGAGAUCUUAUCUUUUUCUACUUUCCAUGUAGAUUAGAUCCAUGUAUGUCUCUUUUAGGGUCCUCUUUGUUGUCUAGGUUCUUUGGGAUUGUAAAUUUUAGGCUUCUUUUUCUUUGCUUUAUGUCUAAAAGCCACUUAUGAGUAACAAGCUUCUACUAAGAUCUGGUAUGCGGCUCUGGCUGGCCUCAGACUCUCUCGCACAGCGGCCUCCCAGGUGCUGGGAGUACAAGUGUGCACCAUUAGCCCUGGCCAGGACAUUUUUUUAAGGGCAUGUCACUUUUUCUUCAUGUAAAGAAAAUACACACAAGUAACUGUUUAACCAGAAAGCCGUGGGUUCCUGUUUCGAUGGGCCUGGUGUGCCGGACCACCUUUUGUUUCUUACAAGGUGUGGUGGGUACUUUGCACACCGUGACUCUGUUCUCAGCAAAGCCUUGCCAAAAGUUUUUCCUCACCUGCUAGGUCUAGGUCCCUUGUACAGAUCCGCAUUUUGAUGUACUGUGGCCUUAAUAAAAACAAGGAGUGUUUUACUCCAUAGGGGCCAGUUUCUGGGGCCAGCAGACAGUUCAGCCGGCAAGCACGGCAAACCUGGCAGCCUGAGCUCAGCCCCCAGAGUCUCCAUGAAGGUGGAAGGAGAGAACCAACUCCGCAGAACUAUCUUCUGACCUCUCGUGUGCACCUCCGUAGGGCUCUGGUUCCAGGCUGCAAGGGUAGAAGGGUAGAGCUUCCCUGGCUGCUGCCAUUGCAGUGUUGCCUGCCUGCUCUCUGUCCGUUUGCCUCUUGGUGUGAGACGGGAAGGGGCAAAGUGGAGAAAAGCAUGAACGUACAGCCCUGCCCGAAGCAUCUGGGAGGCUGGCAGGAAGAUGGUGAGUUUGAGUCUAGCUAGGAUUCCAGAGAGAGCCCUUGUGAGGCAAGGAAGGGGCAGUGCCUCUGAGGUCAGAGUGUAUCUGCCCCGCGCACCUGCCCGCUGAUGUACCAGGUAUGGUGCGGUGGGUUUCCUGGAGUUUGCAGGCACUUGGUCAAGGUUGACUUUGGAUGUGCUGAUACUGUGCUGAGCAGAGAAAACUUUGUAGUGGGAUAAGCAAGCAUCACAGUGAGCAGGCUUGCUGGAAUCCGGGGCAGUACUUCCAGCCCAGCCCCUCUGAUGUCCAGGAACGGCAUCAGCACUUUUCUCCCUAUGCUCAGAGCCCAA